AUGAACGAGUCGUUCUCUGUUACGCAUGAUGGUUCCACAACAAUAGGUGGUACCCUGAAUAACUACAAUAACUUGGAUUCAAAUACAGCCUCUCAGUUAUCAUUUAGCUCAUCCACAUCUUCCUUAUCAUCAAGUGAUUCACAAUCUGGAUUGAUAUCUAAUUUGAGGAGAAUUUUCAAUGCUAGUUUGAUGCAAUAUUUAGUGAAUUUAAAGGUAUCGGAUACACAUAUGAAGGGUUGGAGCUAUUAUGUCUUGUUUGGUUGGUUACAUUUACAUUACAUGUUCAUUGGAUGGAUUAUUAAUUUUUCAUCAACCUACUACUCUAAUGAUUAUACAGCUUCUACCUUAUCAUCACGGAUUGUAGCACCAUUUGGGUUCUAUGGAGGUUGGGUUGCUAGGGUUUUAAAUUUCCCGCUCACAUUGUCUAUUGAUGCUCUAGGAUCUCCCUAUGAAUUAUUUAUUGCCUUAAUAGCUCUAUUUAUUGUCUUGAUGAUGGUAUUGCCCUUCCUAAUGGUACUCAAGACCCGAUCAUUCUUUGCCGAGAAGAAGGAAAAGCUUGAUUUUUACAUGAUUAUUUAUUCAUUUGUAAUGUUAUUGAUGGCUCCUUUCAUGAUGUUUGUAAUGUCUAGUUUUAUUGAUUGUAAUUUGAAUGAUUAUACCUUGAUGAGAUUUCCUUCCAAGACGUGUUAUGGAGCGAAUAAUAUUGUCCUGAUAGUAAUUAGUCUGGUUGGCAUGAUUGUGCUGUGUUGCUUUUCAGCAAUUUAUACAUUCAUCUUGCCAAUCAAUGAUCUCAAAACCUCUCUUCCAUUUCAAUGUGAAGAUUCACUCUCUACGAUGGUGACAUUCUCUGUUACUUUAUUCAGAAUUCUAUUCAUGUUUGUAAUACCACCACAAUACUUAUACAUCAGAUCAAUAGUACACAUGAUUCUCUCAUUGGUUGUGGCUGUUGUGCAAAUUUAUACAUUAUCCUAUUUCAGAAGAUUUGAGAAUACUAUCCAUUUUGCAAGUACACUUUGCUCAGUUGGUGCUAGCAUUGGAGUGUUGGUAUCAUCAUUGGUGAAUUCUAAAAUGGAAGACAUGAUGGGAAUUGCAAUGUUUUUCGGAAUAGUUCUUGGAUUGUCACUUAUCUUCUCCAUUAUUGGUGUAUUGAUUGGAGAAAUUUACACUAGAUCAAUCAUGAGAAGAAUACGGUCAAUAAUGAAAUCUCCAUCUGCUGUUGUUGGCCAUAUGGCUAGUAGGAAUUCCUAUUCUCGACAAGAUUCUUAUUCUACAGAGAAAGAAUCGGCCGAAAUCUAUCUUUCAUUAGAAAAUUCUCUAAGACAACUGAAAUUGUUUUUGAGAUUUUGCUCUUCCGCACAAGAUAUUGAAUUGGUGGUUUCAUUUAUUAAGGGAAUUUCCACAAAGAAACAGUUUAAUGAUCCCAAGUUGAUAACAACUUCAGCCAUAAUGAUCGGACACAGAUGGAAUGAUACAAAUAGGUAUAAUUUUUCACUUUAUCUAUUAAAGAAAGCAUCUCGUUUAGGAGGAAAUUAUUGGGAAACUCUCAAUAUGCAUUAUAGAGUGAAACAAUUUGAAAGAGAUCAAAGUAAUUUGUCAUGUCAAGGUCGGUACACAUUAGAGAUUAAGAAUGCAAUUUCUAUUCUUGAAAAGAAACAAGAGGAGCUCAAAAUUGCUCAUAAAGCAUUCUGGAAAGAGCUUACUAUUGAAAGGCCAAAUACAUCAAAGCUAGCCAAUUUAAACUCUCUUUCAGCAAAAUUAACUAGGUAUUGUGAUGAAAAUUUCGGAAUCUUGAUGAAGAAUUUCCCACAUGAUAAAACUGUUAUACGGCACUAUGCUAAAUAUGUGGAAUCCAUCAAGUUGGACAAGAACUUAUCAAGUCAACUGUUUGAAGAAGCGACAGUUCUAGAAGAAGAGGAAUCAAAGCAUUACAAACAACCUAACUUGAAACGAAAUUUAAGGUCAAGUUUGAGAAUCUACCCUGUUGAUAGAAAGGCCUUCAGAGAAGAUGAUGAUGAAAUUCUCACAAGCAAACAAGAUUUUGAAGGAAUAGAAAAUCUCUCAGAGAACAAAAAGGAAGAAGCUUUGCGAAAUGCUCUCAGCUCUCCUUACCAAUCCAAAAUAAGAACAAUUGCUUAUGCUUUCAUGUUCUCCUUAUGUAUUGCUACGGUGGUUGUUUGUUUUGCAUUAACUAAUUAUUAUCAAACAUUAUUGUCAAAAUCUCCUCUUAUUAAGGAUUCAUGUUAUAUCCAGAGUACUUAUGGUGGUUUAUUUAGAAAUUUGAGAAUGGCUCAGAUAGUUUGGGAGUUUUAUGAUGAUUUAAAAAGUCCAUUUCCAUUGGUUAAUACAACAGAAUACGAUAAUAUACAAUUGUUCAACAGCACCUUUAUGGAAAAGAUUGAACUAAAGAGAGAAGCGUUAAGAAAGUUGGAGGAGAACUCCAAUUCAGGCGUAUUUACACCUGGAAUGUUUACUGAUUUUACAAUAGAAGAUAAGCUUAUCAAUAUUCCACUCCCUAACGAUACAGGAAUAAGGAAAGAGUUUACUAACAUUUUUAAAAGAUAUGCUUCUACAAGAGAAGUAAACUCCGUCAUUUUGGAACACAUUGAAAAUUCAGUUAUGAAUGGAAAGAUGAAAUUUUAUGAAGUUGUAACGAGAAGAACAGGUGCUGAUGCUUUCUUAGCAUUUUGUAAAUCGAUGCAAGUUAGCCAAAAGACCUUUAUCGAUGAAACUAGAAAUCUCUUACUCAAUAUUGUUAUUGGCAUUGGUAUUUCUGUACUGGGAAUUUUUUUGACAUUCUUAAUAAUAUCAAGAAUUGAAAUGGAGAUAUUUUCUAUUGUACUCUCCAUGUUCAAAAAAUUGCCAAAAGACAUUCCUGGUUUCAUUUAUCAGGAUUUGGAAAAGCAAUCCAAACAUGAUGAGAUGAAAAAAUUUGACAAACAGUUAAUGCCUAAUGAAAAGAAUAAGACCUUAAUUGUUGGAUUAAUCAUAUGCGUCUUGAUAAUAGUUUCCAUCGUUUUGUUUUAUUAUGAAUUUUCAGAUAAUACUGACAAAGCAGAGCAAGCAAUGUUCAACAUUGAUUUAGCCAGUUACAUGGUGAGAGUUUCUAAUAGAAUGACUCAAAGAUUGAAUGAAAUAUUUUCAUAUAAGGUACUACCUCUUGGAAAAGCUGUUAAUCAUCCAGCUGUUGUCACUAGUGCACUUGCUGAUCAAUACAGAUUAGAAAAUAGAGAUCACGUGCAAAUAUUACAUUCAAGUUACAAUCAAAUAGUAUAUGGAUCAAAUAAUACUGACAAGCUAAUAGGAAUUUUUGAUGAAAUAGAUGAAAUGUUAAUUGGUUCAAAUUGUAAUACUACUGAGCACAUGAAUAAUUGUACAAGCCUCAUUGAUUUAAUCACGUUUUUCUGUGUUAAAGCUGCAGAAGCCACAGAGAACUUAUUCAAUCCUCUAAAUGCUAAGAAAACCAUUGAAAGAUUUUAUGAUGUUUUGUAUCUUUACAACUUGAAUGACUUUGUUACAACUAGAAUCAAUCACUUUUUAGAUUUGAUAGUAAAAUAUACUGAAAGCCCAAAUAGAACUCUCUCAAUAAUUGUAUUAUGCAUAACUAUAAUUUCUAUGCUAGUACUGGGAUGGUACUUCUAUAGAUGCAUAACAGAGUUUGACAAUGAGAUGACUAUCCUUAGAUCCUUCCUUGCAUAUGUCCCAUCAGAGUGGAUAGAAUCUAAUGAAGAGUUUAAAAACUUUGUAUUUUACAAAACUAUUCCCAUGUGGAAUUUCAAGAAAUCAAAUUCUGCAGUUAAAGGUUCAGAUGCAGUUAGUAAUAUUCUACAAUCAAUGAUUGAUGGAGCUUUCAUAGCAAAUGAAAAAUCAGAAAUCCUAUUAUUCAACAAUGCAGCUCAAAAGAUGUUCUCCAAGAACCCGUCUGAAGUUAUGGGAUUACCUAUGCAACAUUUGUUUGACUCAUCUCAUGAAACUGCGUUGAAACAAUUCAUAGAUAACAGAAACAAGUAUUUGGAAUCACAAGGAGGUGAGCUAUAUGAAGUAGAUUGUGUAAGAAAAAAUCAAACAAGAUUCCCAGCUUCCCUCAAUCUGUUUGUUACCAGGAAUGAGGAUAAAAAGACAAUUAUUGUUGGAUUUUUCAAAGAUAUAACUAUGGAGAAGAAACAGAAUAAUCUUCUCAAUGAAGAAAAGAAGAAUUCAGAUAUAUUACUUAGGAAUAUCCUUCCAGAAGCAGUUGCCAUCAAAUUGAAAUCAGGCGAAACUGAAAUUGCAGAAAAAUUCCAAGAUAUUACUUGUUUCUUUUCGGAUAUGGUUGGUUUCACUCAAUUGAGUAGUGGAAUGAACCCAAGUGAGCUCAUCAAAAUGCUAGGAGCUAUUGUGAAUGCAUUUGAUGAUUUGACAGAGAUUUAUCAUUUGGAAAAGAUUAAAACAAUUGGGGAUGCAUAUUUUUGUGUGGGAGGUCUUCAUAAUUAUCCUCAAUCAGAUCACCCAGAACGUUCUCUUCGUUUCUCCAUUGAUACUCUCUCUGUAAUUCACAAAUAUAACGAAGAAAACAAUAAGAAGGUCAAUAUUAGAAUUGGUUUAAAUACUGGAAGUGUUAUUGCUGGAGUUUUGGGUAAGAAAAAGUUUGCUUACGAUUUAUGGGGAGAUACUAUUAAUUUUGCCUCAAGAAUGGAAUCAACUUCAUUACCUGGAAGAAUUCAUAUUUCCAGAUCUACCUAUGAAAGAGUUUAUGAUUUAGGUAUGGAAUUUGAAGAAAGAAUGGUGGAAGUGAAAGGAAAAGGACUAUGUAAAACAUAUCUUUUGAAGGAUAAGUAUCAUGUCAAUCCAAUUGAUACUGAAGUUAUUGAAGCAACAAAGUUUGAUGAGGAAAUGAAUGAAAUCACUGAAGGUACAUCAUUGGUUGGUGAUGGAUUGGUCAGGCAUACAGGUGAAUGA